UCCCCUCCGCCGCGGCCUCCCCGCCGCCGUUCUUCUUUGGGGCGCCGGCGCUGCCUCUACCAUGCGCUUCAGAGCCAAGAUCGCGGACAUCGGGUGCCUCAACCACUUCACCCGGAUGAUCAACACCAUUGCCAAGCUCACCAAGACAUGCACCCUCCGCCUCACGGUGGACAAGCUUUACUUCAUCCUCAGUGACAAAGUGGCUAAUGGAGGCGUUGGCAUGUGGUGCGAGCUCAGCCAGGGGAACUUCUUCGAUGAGUUCCAGAUGGAGGGGGUAGCCGCUGAACACAACGAGAUCUAUUUGGAGCUGACACCCGAAAACCUCUCCAGAGCCUUAAAAACAGCCCAGAACGCCAAGGCUGUGAAAAUCAAGUUGACUAACAAGAAUUGCCCCUGCCUCACUGUAGCUGUGGAAUUGCCCUCUUUGUCGAGCAGCAGCCGCGUCGUGACCCACGACAUUCCAGUGGGAGUAAUCCCCAGAAAACUCUGGAAGGACUUCAGGGAGCCAGCGGUGCCAGAUUUUGAUGUCAGCAUUUACUUACCAGUCCUGAAGACCAUGAAGAAUAUUGUGGAGAGGAUGAAGAACCUCAGCGACUCUAUUGUAAUGGAAGCAAAUCUAAAUGGUGACAUGAACUUGAAAAUAGAAACUGAACUCGUGUCUGUCACAACUCAUUUUAAAGAACUUGGGAAUCCUCCCUGGGUAUCGGAGAAUGGAUCUCAAGGCUCUACUCAAGAGAGGGAUCCUGAGAGCAUGGUGGAGGCGCGCAUCGACAUCAAGAAGCUUCUGCAGUUGCUUGCAGGGCAGCAGGUGAACCCCACAAAAGCCCUGUGCAAUAUUGUCAGCAAGAGGAUUGUUCACUUCAUCCUGCUGCACGAUGAUGUGUCCCUCCAGUACUUCAUUCCGGCCCUUGCGUGAAUUGAGUAGCCGUCCCCAGUGCUGCUCUUCGUCAUGCAAGCCUCCCUUCUCAAGAUGCCAAGAUAAGGAAGGAAGCAAAGGGCUUAGAUGUUGGUAGUUGCUUUAUAGUUUUAUUAAUCAGUUCCUCUGUUCAGAAGAAUAUUUUUUGAGCCUUGUUUCACUGUAAAUACAUCUGCGGGUAUUUUUAUUGAACUUUUA